ACGGUUUUUUGUGCAAUAUUUAAAAUAUUGCAUACAGCAUCUGGAUCGAGUAAUAUAAACAGGCUCACUCACACCACCGCACCGACUUUGACAGCAUUACAAAGUGGCAAUAAGAAAUGAAAAUACAAAACAGAGUAGCAAAAAAAACCCAUCAUAUUUUUAGAAGAAACAUUGAAAUUAAUGAUUAUUAGAAUACGCUAGUGAUAGUUCUUUUGGUGUAAAAUUCUUUGAUUAAACCCCGAGUGAUAUUCAUCGUUGAAACACAGCUAGUGCUUGAAGCAUGCAACCGAAUUGCAGAUGAUAUGCAAUUGUAGGGCAAGCAACCUUUUAACUGCAGCGGAAAUGGUUAUCUGAUAGCGUUUCGGGCAAUACAGAAAACGAAAUUAUCGUGAUCGCACGUUAAAUCGUUGUAACAAAUCUGUUGUGCUCCCUGGAGAAGUGUUCCGAGUGUUUCGUGUAUUAUAGAACCGUCGGAAACAAAAUGGCACUCACGCCGGAUCAACUUCGCCAGCGUAUCCCCAACUGGUCACUUGAAUCGGACGGCCAACUGUUGCAGUACAUGGUUUCGAUCGCGAAGAAUAUCGAAAAUUUAUGCAGCAAAACGAGGGAUGAUUUGGACAGCUUAAUGCUGGAAGUGAAACACUCCGAGGUGACAUUAGCCAACGCAACAAAUCAAUUUUCAGCCGUUGAACAAGUGAAGUUCGUGGAAAACCGGGUCGAAGAAGACGAUGAAAGUUUCUACGGAUUGCGCCGGCGUCGUCAGCAAGUAGAUGAACCGCAAAAGCAAACAGAACAAGAACAGGGUGACGAACGGACACUAGACGAUCUGAUCCAGUUAGCCGUGGAACGAUCGGUAGCAGGAAUGUAUCAAUCGUACGAUAAAUAUGCACUUCCCCUGUCGGACAGUGAAUCGAGCGAUGAGGACUUUUCACCGCCCAGCAGGCGAACGAUAAUGCAAGCCUUACCGACGCUCUUCACAACGAAGCGACCCCUGCCGCACGUGAUUGGGUCGGAGGAGUGGCAAAACAAUUGGCACGUGGGACUAAACUGGGAAACUGGAUCCGAUUCCGAUCGGAAGGAGGAGUACUCUGACUCGCCGAGCGAAACGGAUGACGGUGGAAUGUUCCCUUCACAGCCGAACAGCAAACAGCACACUCCGUCCGAAUCGGAAAGCUCCAUCUGGGGUGUGGAAGGUCGAAAACGGGCACCUUCGUUAGAUCCCAGCAUUACAGGGGACGAUGGAUCGUCCAUUUAUUCGUUCGCUAGUUCUUCCAAGGUUCCCCGUACGCUACCAGCAAGCAGACAGCCUGUGGUUGGGGUCCGGGGUCUAACAUCGGUGGAAGGUGCUAGGUUGAAACCGCCAAGCUUGUUCCCGGAAGAGCCACCCCCAGAAGAUGGCCGACCGUCGAAGGGUGAGCGUGGUCUGUUUGAUGAUUCACCGGAGGUGGAUGAACCGAUGCCAACACCAACACCUCAGCCACGUCAAACGGCGCCAGUAAAUGAUGCAACGAAAGCCUUCUUUAAGGGCAACACUCAACCACCUGCGCGAAAGAUGGUCAAUCUGUUCGACGAUGAACCACCGGAACCGAUGCAAAACACGCCAGUGCUACCGGAACGAAGGAAAACUAUUAAUCUCUUUAUCGAAAGUGACGAUGACGCGGAUGGUGAGGAUCGCGAAAAUGUUCGCAACAAUAAUCGUACACCGGCGAUCGAACCGAGUCUGGCGAAGCAAUUGCUAUCGAAACAGCCACCGAAACAUCGAGGAUCGGCACUAACGAAUCCGAAAGCGAUGCCCGAAUUGAUUGACGAACUGAACAACAAUUUACGAAAGCAACAGGAACCGUCGGCAGUGUCAGAAACGGUUCGUGCUGUCGCAGCAAAAAGCAAUCGACCUACUCCCGCGCUAGCAAAUAAUAAACGACCAGAGACGAAUCUUUUCGACGAUGAACCGCCGGUAGAUACGUUCGAUCAGUUGUUUCAUGCGGCAAAACUUUCCGUUAAGCCAACCGUUCCGACAUCGAUGACCACCGGUGCUGUGAAGGAGAAAAUGAUCGUAAAUUUAUUCGCCGAAGAUGACGAGGACGAUUACGGUGGUAUUGUGGUGGGUAGCAAUGAAACGAAAUCACAACCAAAAUCUCCCCAACAGGGAACGCCGAAUAUUCCGAAUCGUACGAUGCUCCCGAAACCUGCAGACCGGUUACCGGUGCUGAAGAAAAAAUCUAUCUUUGAUGAAUCAGAAUCCGAGGACGAUGCUGAGGCUGUUCUAUUUGGUGCGUCCGGCAGUGUGCCUCCGGUUGCGCCAUCAAUACCAAAAGCUGUACCAAAAGUGAUGAAAUCCAUUUUCAGUGAUAGCUCCGAAGCGGAGGAAGACGAUGAUGAGGCACUGUUUGGCAAAUCGUCUAGCAUUUUGAAGGAUAAAUUAGAUGCAUUGAAAAGGAACGGAGGUACGGCCGGUGUACAUACAGAAGACGUUUCCUCCGGUAAGCCGGAUAACAAUUCUACGACCAAGAGUAAAUCGCUUUUUGAUGAAGAUUCCGAUAGUGGAAUACCCGACUCGAAAGAUCAGACUUUGGUAGGAAGCUUAUCAAAACCAGCGCAAGUAGUUACAACCGUUAAGACUACGAAAAGCACUCCGAGAGUAUCUUUAUUUGAUGAUGAACCACCGUCUGAUGAUGAAGAUGCACUGUUUGGUAAAAGCGCUACAAGUAAAGCAAUUCCUCAAGCAAAAUUGAACCAUGUUGAAGACACACCAAACAGAGGAACAGUUGCAUUGGACGAACCAAAAUCACGGGAAACUGAUACUCGAAAUAACAUAGUUCCAAAACAACCACCGGAAAAAGCUCCCGUUGAUCCAAAUAAUAUUCGUAGCAUGAUAUUAAAGAAAUCCAUUUUCAAUACGGAUUCGGAAAGUGAAGAGGAUGAUUCUAUUUUUGAUACCGUACAAAAAAGUGCGCAAAUGGCAAACAAAGUAACGACUAAAGCCGAGAGUAAUGUAACGAUAGGGGAAAGUGAAAUUUCUCCAGCAAAGAACGUAUCAAGUCAGGUGCAAAAUACACCAACAAGCGAUAAGAAGGAGGAAUCGGUAAAAGAAAACAUUGAAGAGGACACAAAAUCAAAUAAUGAACAAAAUGAAGAUAAUUCUUCCCUGGCAGAAGUUAACAGUGUCGUUCAGAGCAUGUCACAACCUACGAAGCACAUCGUGCAGAAAGAGAACAACAGCGCAGUUGAUCCUACCUCGUUAAAGGAAGGAUCUUUUUCUACAAACGGAAACGAUAGCGAACCAGUAAUCGAGAGUAGAACAGGUAAUGAAAUGGACAACUCUAAGCCAACAGCAGUGUCUAGCAAUAAUGUACAAGUGGAUACUGAUCGUAGUGAAACAAUUACGAAUGAAAGAUCAAGCAAUUUGGACGUGAUUCAUAUCGAACCAACCGAGCUGGAGGAACCAACCGAACCACAAGUAGAUGACACAGCUACGGGCAUUAUGAUAGCAAACGAUAUAGAUUAUUAUCUGCGCACGAAUGAUCCGGCUAAAGGCAACACCAGUAAGCGAUCGACAGCUGGAUCACCGCCAACAACACCCAGGACGCCUCCUUCCUCGAAGUCUGAACCAAAAAGUGCCUUAACAUUCAGCCCAAUUGGCUUGUUCGAUGACGUUCCACCGCCGGAUGAUGGUGACGAAACGGACGAUACCACGCAACGGCAAAACCCGCACACUAUCGGAUCCGGUGAGCCAGCGAUACCGUCGAUCAUGGACGAAACAGCUAGCUAUCCAACAGAAACACAGUCGCUCGAUUUCAUACCGACGAACGGUGCUGGUGGCAAUCGUACACGGUACCUCUUUGACGAUGAACCACCGCCGGAUGAAGCCGAUAAUAGCAGAACAAAGUCAAACUUUGGUGAUCCGUCUCCCGGUCGUAGUAAAGCGUUGUUUGAUAACGUUGCUCCUUCCUCGUUACCUCCGAUGGUAGAUGAUAGUAAUCGAGUUGAUUCCACCAAACCUAGCCGUCAGAAGAUUAAUAAACUAAACACCAAAAUUGCCAUCAACGUUGCAGCGCUGCUGCCCGGUGCAAAAAGAUCGACCGGAAAUGUGACCACUUCACCGGAGAAGAUUCACAACGUAUUGAAUGAUGCGACCGAUGCUGCGUUACCUGUUGAUGAUAAGAAACCGACCCAAUCCGGAGAUGUUGGUGCUAAUGGAAAGCUGACCGGCUUAAACAAGGGCAGAGCUCGUAUCCCUACCAAACGUAAACCUCCUUCCAGACAAACUCUUCGCGCCGGAACGGGAAGUUCCUCGCUGCAAAGUUCUCUCAGUGAAGAAGCGAUGGUCCAAAACGAUCCUAAAAUAUCAACAGCUGAUGAUCGUAUUGUUGUGGGAUCGGAAGGAAAAAUCGAACACAUUGAAGCUGGCUUGCCGCAAACGAAUUUCCCUCCACAAAAUAAUGUAUCUUCUUCACUCAAAGUAGCGCAAGGCGUACACAAUGAUGAUUCAUUUAUUGAUCGUUUGAGUGCAAGUGUGCGAAAUCCGUCGAAACGAUCGGUACUACCAGAUGGUACUGAAGGUGUGAAACCGUUGGGAGUCGUUUCGGCUCAAAAAACGACGGCAAAACCUUCGAACAAAUCCAUCUUUGACGAUAGUGAUAGUAACGGUGAGGAUAAUGAUGUAUUUUCCAACAAGCUAUCCUCCAAGACGAUUCCUGUGAAGAAACCAACGCCGGUACAAGAAGCACCGACCAAACAGCAACCGAACGUCGCUACUAGCCGAAGCAUUUUCGUUUCUGACGACGACGACGAUGCUGCGGAUGGUGGUGAAGAUGAUCUUUUCGGUACGAAAAUAUCGUCCAUCGCUGGUCAGCUCAAGUCAAAAGGUGCUGAUGCGUCCACAUCGCGUGUGGGAUCGGGAAAAACGGAACGGAAAGGACUGUUCGACAAUGAUGACGAUGGUAGUGACGAUGAUGAUGAUCUGUUCGGUAGUAAAACCCGAACCAUCUCGAAAGUUAACAGCUUGCAACAGCAAAUGGAUCAAACUAAACCGGCCAACAGAUCACUUCCGACAGUAACUAGACCGAUUACGACCACCACGCAAACGGGUGAUGAUCCGUUGGCGGAUUUGUUAGCCGAUUCGUGAAACACGGAACAUCUACGACAGAUAGGAGGAGAAAAAGGAUUCAGAAUCCUCUUAAUUCCCCUGCUGUCUUCCGGGUUUCCGAGUUGUUGGUAUUAUUAGGUGUAUAUGCAAUUUAGCGGACAUAUAGCGGAAAGAAUAAUUGAACAAAACGGCGCGUUUUUUUGUUUCUUUGUUUGGUUGGUGUGGCAUCAAACAGGUACCCCAAACCAGAAUCAUUAUUGUUAACUGCCUACCGCUUAUGGUAUUGUUAUCUAGUCAGAUAAAGAAAAUUCUAUUCUACUUGGUUUUGCAUUUCGGCACCACUGUUUUUUUAUGUUUGUUUGCCUUUCUCACAAGUAUAUUAUUGCAACAUUCCAACAUCGAAAUGUUAAACAUUUAUUUUCGUUUGUAAAAAAACGCAUUCUAAUUGCACAUCAAAUGUGAGGAAAAAAUGUGCAACUAUUUCAUUGUUUGUUGUUCAGAUUUGUAUGAAGUUUUGUUUUGUUUCAUAUAUCCAAAAAAAAAUCACCUUCCUUUCUAUGCAUACAUUUUGUUUAAUAAUUACACAGCACAGGAUAGGUGUGUGAGAAGAUGUUAACCAAAUUUUAUUGUAAAAAAUCUAUGAAACGGUAGAAGUGAAAUGGUGUAGAAAAAAUGAAA